UAGCAGAGGCGCAGCGCUCCUUCCCCUCAGUGCACUCAGAUCCUUGAUUUAGGAAUGUCGCCAAACAGGACGCGUCUUUAGUGGCACAUGAGCAUACGGGGACAUUCAGAGAAGCAAAAUCAUCUGUGUUUCUUAUUUGCUUUACUUAUUUUCCUCCCCUCCUUAUUUUACUCGCAACUUGGGUUAGGUGCGUCGGAGCAUGGCAGAAGAGUCCACUUGUUUUACCCCUUUAGACGCGUCACAGAAUACAGAAAGAAGCUAGAUGUGAACGUUGUCAUUUGACAACUUUAAAACAGUUCAGGUUAUAUUGAAACCGCCAAGUUAGAGGCAUGGAUCUUGAUUUGCGGAAUGAGACGUCUAUGGACCCAGAGUGCGCCCAGGCGCUUCAGGACUUGCUGCAGAGCGGAGCGGUCAAUGGAAGCUUGGAGGCAUCGAACAUCUCUUGUGGCAACGCUUCUACGCAGCCCAUACCACAGCGUGCCAGGCAAGCAGGGGAAGACCACACGCUCCGCAUCCUGCUCUACUCGCUCAUCUUCUUCUCAAGUGUAAUCGGCAACCUGCUGAUUAUCGUGGUGCUCACGUUCAAUGACCGCAUGCGCACCGUCACCAACGCCUUCCUGUUGUCACUCGCCAUGAGCGACCUGAUGAUGGCCAUAUUCUGCAUGCCUUUCAACCUGAUCCCCAGCAUUCUCAAGGACUUCAUCUUUGGAGCAUUGAUGUGCAAGAUAGUGACCUACCUCAUGGCCACAUCAGUGAGCAUUUCCACAUUUAACCUGGUUGCCAUAGCUAUAGAGCGAUACAGUGCCAUUUGCAAUCCUCUGAAGUCACGGGCGUGGCAGACCCGUUCCCAUGCCUUCCGUGUGAUUGCCGCUACAUGGCUACUGGCGUUCAUCAUCAUGAUCCCCUACCCAGUCAUCAGUCACCUCGAGCCAUUGAAACGUCCUGACAACACCACAGCGCACCAGUGUCGCCACAAGUGGCCCAUAGCAACUGCAGAGCAGACCUGGUAUGUUCUACUUCUGCUUGUGCUGUUCGCGAUUCCAGGACUGGUGAUGAUUGUUGCCUAUGGACUGAUCUCCAGGGAACUUUAUCGAGGCAUAAAAUUCGAGAGCAGCCUCAAAAAAGACUCCACCGAUGUGAAGAAUGGACUGACUUCCUGUGUGUGUAAUAACCUUGACGAUGGAGACGGAUGCUACAUCAACGAGGUCAAGCGGCAGCGCACAAUGGAAAUGUCCACCAUGCCCGCAUCAACCCAGUCCAUGAAGAUAGACAGACCCCGCAGCAACUCAUCAAAUGAAAAGCUGGAGGCCAAGAAGAGAGUCAUCCGUAUGCUGGUGGUCAUCGUCGUUAUGUUCUUUAUCUGCUGGAUGCCUCUGUACUGUGUCAACACCUGGCGGGCUUUUGAUAAUGCCAAAGCUGAGCGUAUGCUCUCUGGGACCCCCAUUGCCUUCAUCCACUUGCUGAGCUACACCUCUACUUGUGUCAACCCAAUUAUCUACUGCUUCAUGAACUUGCGGUUCCGCAAUGCCUUGCUAGGCACUUUCUUCUGCAGCUUUGCUCCUUGCUGUCAACGUUGCGGCCGCUGUGAGCCACGUGACAAGGAGGAGGAUGCCUUGGCAACUGGGGCAUCUAUGUCCAGGUUCAGUUACACCAUAGUCAGUACCAUGGGAACCUGCUGAAGACAGUUACUACAGCAACACAAUACCCACAUCUUUUGUUUUCAUGCCAGUCCUAUGCUCAUAGGGACAAUCAUACGUAGAAACAGCUCAUAUAAUGUAGCGGUGUCAAAGCGUCACCUGCCUGUAAAUAACAAAUAUAGAAAUGAUUACAUGAAACCCAGUCGUACAGUGUAAAUACCUCCAUAGAUUUAUGAAAGAGCACAAAAAAUGCAGUUUGUAGUUACUUAUUGUAAAUUGCCGACUUAAAAUUUAACAGCGGUGCAUGUGGAUCUAUAUAUGUGAUUUAGAUUCGAGGACAGGAAUAAUAGGAUGCAUUGUAUAUGAAAGGGGCCGCCGUUAUCAGUUCCACAUCAUUAUGUAGCUGCAAAAGAAGGAAAAGCAUCUUACCGUAAACUGUGUUUUAUAGUCUGCUGUUAGUGUGAAUUUAUAUGUGUUAAUGAUGGUAUUUUAAUUGACUUGUGGCGUAAGUGCCUGCUUCUCAAAUGCUCAACAAUGCUGUUUUCGUAUUGUGUAGAUCUGCCUCAUUCAUUGCUAGCAUUAUAGUAACAGGCAAAUAGAAAUUGUAAAGGUUUAGAUUUGGAGUUCAACUGAAAAUGUAGCUUCAAAUGUGCUGAUGAGAGCUGAUGGAGUAGGCUGAAUGUUUCACAGGUGAAACAAAUGCAGUUUGAGGCUGGCUACUUGGAGGAUAUAUUAUCUAAAUGUUAUAUUGUACAGUUAUUCUGUGAAAAUCUUUUAAGCAUAGAAACAUUUUAUCUCUUCUAUAAUUUUGUUGUUGGUACUAUGUAAGAAAAACUACAUAAUCCAAUAUGUGCCACAUAAUCUGUUGCUAUAGAAUGUUUAUUGAGGAGAAAUAUUAGUAUUUCAAUGAACACAUUAAAUGAAAAAGCAUAGUAUACUAAACCCGUUUUCACUUUGCAUGUAUUAUAUACUAUAGUUACAAAUGUUAAAUACAAUAUUGGGCACAGUUUUUCAACUAGGACACAAAGAAGGAAAAUUUGACUGAAUCCUGCUAAAGAUGGCGAAAAAAAGCUUUUAAAGAGAUAGUUCUGAUAUUUUAACGUAAGGUUCCUUGGAGCUCUUAUCCAGUUGCAUAAAUUUAGUUCUUAAGGAAAGAAAACCUCAGAGAAGUAAAAGGCCAAUAGUUUGUCAGGUCGACAUACCAGCAGGUUUUAGCAACUGAUAACAUUUCAAACUAAACAUUGUUCAAUUUGUGUAAUACAACUCUAUAUUAGUGGAUAUGAACUCUUGUGGGUUUGCCUGUCUCUCUUAUCAAUAAUCUAUGUGUUAUUAUGAUAAAGGUAUGUUUUUGUUGUGACAAAACCAAUUUAUCAGCUUGCAUGAUCAGCUAGUCUGGCCAAAACCGUGGCCAACUAGUAGACAGUUUAUAUCUAAAAUAUAGAGUUGUAUCCCACUGAAAUACAUUUUCAGUUUGAGUUGUUUUAAGCAGGAAAAUUAACCAAAGUAAGCUAAUAGUUAGCAUUUCAUAUUUUUCACUUUUAUACAAACACACUAAGACAUCUUUCUACUAUUGAUAAAGUAAAUUGAUAACCUUAAGGAUUGUCACUUUAAACAAUUCAAAUUAUCCUUUUGAGUUUUUAGCCAAUCAAUAUUCGUUUAAAUGGUGAAGCAACCUUUUUGACUGGUGCGUGUGCUGUAAGCAUAAGUUAUUUAGGUUCAGUCACCAGAGUCUAUUGUCUUAUCUUAUUAUUCUGAAAAAAACAAAAAAAACAAUGAAAUUGCAGACAUAAAUAAUCACUAUACUUUUUAUAGAGAAUUUUUCAACCUAUGGCAAUUCAUUGUAAGAAAAGUCCAAGGUUUAGAAAGGUUGUUAGUGUGACAAUAAUCUUUUCCUAUCUUGCAAUGAUGCAUACCAAUGCUCAGUGUGAGCUGCCCUUCUCAAAAACUCGCUGAUGUAACUUGAGAGGGUCGGAAUUGUCGCUGAAUUUGGUUAUCUGCUCUAGAUCACAUGACCCAUUCUAGUUUAUGGCAGUCUGCCAUAACAACAAAACAAUACAGACAUGACACUCACCGGAUCAGAAAUAUCUUUGGUCCUCUGAUGUACAAUUUAAUUUAGAGGUGUGAAUAUGGCCUUCAAUCUGCUGGUCCAAAGUGGUCUGCUAUCAGUUUCAAAAUCAAGGAGAGAGACUGUUUCAUUUUUGCGACAGUGCAGUGUUGCCAGUGGCCUUCAGGGGCACUAAUCCUUUAAGUUAAAGGUCUGGCGCUCUUAGUGGCUAAAAGUUACACUGUGCUGCUUUAAGAAAUUCAAUUAGUUAUAAAGCAAUCUCAGCAACAGCCUUCCAAACGACAAUUCUAGUAGGCAGAGUAGAAAAUGUACCUCAAAUCAUUGAUGGACAGGCCUGGGAUGAAACAUUUCCUUUUCUUAUUUUUAUAAACAUUUCCAAAGAGGGUACAAAUUAACACAUGAUCUAUACGAAAUAUCAUUUGGCAGUUAUGCAAAAAUCCCAAAACUGAGAGUUAGUGAAAGGCUGAUAUACCCAUCUAAAGGCAGAAGUAAAGGUCUUCUAUGAUGCCCAACUUGUCUAAGAGGACCAACAAAAACAACAAAAACAACGAAAAAAACUUGCCAUAAACAUGUCAUCCUAAAUAAAGGGAGUGUAGAAACCUCUCUUUUUCAAAUUGAGGGAAAGGGAUUUUGAGUGCAAGACAUGCAUCUGAAAACAACAAAGAGUUCCUUGCAGGUCUUUGUGUGCAAGGAUUGUUAAACCGGUGAGAGUUCUGCUCCUCUUUGAACUUAGUCCACAUUAUUAUUUUUGUUGAAUUUCAUUCAACCUGUGUUUGUUUGUUUGUUUGUGAAUGAACUACAUAUACGAGGGAGAUUAUGAUCAGAAGUACCGUAUGUACGGUUUUGAGAAAAUGUCAAAUAUCAGAGUUUUCCUUUGAUGAAUGUAUUUGUCUGGUGCAGCAUUAUAAAUGAGCUCAUGACUCUGUCAUCAUUGAGCUUAUCUAUGGGCUACAGACUGGAUACCAGAUUUUAGGGUUUUCUGUUUGUUUGCCUUGUUUGUCAGUGAAUCUGGCAUCCACAGUCCCUUUACACUAAAGGUGUUUCAGCAUCGGUCCUGCCAGGCUAAACAGCUGAACAUAUUUCACAGAGUGCACAGAAGCACAGUGCUGUCAGUCUCAGAAACUAAAGACGAAUGACCUGCCAAAGGUAUGGACCUUUGUUGUGUAGCACUACAUUUUUAGUGCAGCAUUCUCUAUAUUGAACAUGUGAAUUGUGGACUUUAUCUGACUCUCAGGCGCUAACAAAGAUAUUUUAAUUCAUUGUAGCAGAAAGUAAGUGCACUCACUGAUGACUUUAUGUGCACCUCUGCAUUUGCUCUUUAAUGGAAAUAGUAACUCAGCCAAUCACAUGGCGACAAAAAGUACAUUUUAGCAUCUGGAUGUGGUGAGGAUUAGUUGAUCCGUUGGCAUGGUUGUUGGUGCCAGAUGGACUUGUCUGAGUAUUCAGAAACUGUUGAUCUACUGGGAUUUUCACACACAACAAUCUUUUAGGUUUAUAGAAAACGUUCCAAAGCAGAGAAAACAUCAAAAGAGUAGCAGUUGUGUAAAGCUCAAAACAAAACAGGCAGAAUGGUUUAAGAAAAAACAUAGCCAAUAGUAUUUCUCUGAACACUGGUUUACCGAAAUAUCAGAAAGCAUAAGACUACACCAGCCACUUCUGUCUGCUAAGGACAGAGGCUGAAAUUUGCACAGCCUGACCAGAAUUGAAUGGACUGAAAUUAUAUAACACUUUUCUAGUCAUACUGACUGUUCAAAGGGCUUUACUCAUUCACUAACACUUACACAUUCAGCCACUGGCAUGCAGUUUGGUAAGCAACAUGGCCAGGGGAACAUCAACAUGUGAGAAUUGGGAGUUGGAAUUGAACUCACAACCUUCCAAAUGCAAAAUGACUUCUCUACCCAAAAAGUUGCAUUCAUCCAAAUUGGACAGUAACAAACUGGAAUAAAUGUUUUUUUUUAAUUAUAAUCAGCUUUACAGGCCAACAUUGUGUGCAUAAAGCAUCCCACCUCUGUUUCAAGCACUUAUAGCCUGCAGACAUUCAGCAUAAAUGUCAACUUUGACUUAAACAAAAUAGAGGUUAUAAAGAACAGCACAUGUAUGUAUAUAUACAGCCAAUUUUCAUAUAUAUAAAGAAAAGAAAGAAAGAAA